AUGCUUCUCCAACUCAGCUUCCUUCCAACGUUUUUUGUCGCAUUGGGUGUCGGUGCAGCCACAGCUGUAGAUGCCGCAGUCCCUUCAGCAGCUCCUACGAAGACGCCUAUGCCCUGUACCAUAUCAUCAGCAGCAGGUGCCUUCUAUGAUCUCAACGAUCUCCGGGUACAAGCACCGGGCGAAACAAAAAAAUUACGCAAAGGGGCGCGCGUUGAAGAUUGGAAGGUACGUGGCUACGACUAUCAUGAAAAUCAAGCCAACUUCACUCUAAAUCUCUGCGGUGCUCUCGCCAGUCCACAGAAGGACUUUGUCGGCAUUGAUGAGUCCUUGUGGUCUAACGUCAGCGCCUUCUAUGAGCUAGGCGCCCAUAAGUUUUCAAUAGGCCAGCAAAACUCGACACUCCGGCUACGUGGGCGCCGCCUAGUUCUGGAAUACCACAAUGGCUCACCUUGUGGAACAGAAGCUUCAAAUAAAGAUAAUAAUCGUCGAAAGUCAUCUAUCUUUUCCUUCCACUGUGACAAAGAUCCCUUGGCUGCGCCGUCAUCAGGUCUCGUUACCUACGUGGGCACUCUGGACGACGAGUGUGCCUACUACUUUGAAGUACUUUCCAACGUGGCCUGUAUUACGACGGAGCCUGCUAAACAAUCGGUUGGCCCUGGCGCGGUGUUCGCCAUAAUUGGUUUUGUUGCCAUUUUAGUUUACUUACUCGGUGGUGUCUUUUACCAGCGCAAUGUUGCUCAUGCGCGCGGCUGGCGCCAGUUGCCUAACUACAGCAUGUGGGCUAGCAUUGGCAAUUUUGUUACGAAUAUAUACCUCAUCAGCGUAUCGACUUGUACAAGCUUUCUGCCACAUCGUUUUGGCUAUACAGUGCUAUCUAAUAGCUACGGGCGCGGGCGACCCAAUCGUAUCGAAGAUGAAAAUCGGCUUAUUGAUCAACUCGAUGAAGAGUGGGAAGAUUGA